AUGGAAAAGCAAAAAGUACACGUGGAAUCAUGGCACGAUGGUCCCGAUUCCACUGCUCCCAAUACUCCAUUUCGCCACGUGUCUCUUUUUGAAAAUCAAACAAUGAAGGAAUGGGAUUCAAGUGAAAUGCUUCCUCGAGUCCCUCGUUCACUGAAAAUUGUCUUCUUUAUCUCAAGUUUUAUUCUACUUCUUUAUUUUCUAUGUGCAUCAACUCGUGACUCCAGUCAGAAAAGUAUUCAAUUCAAUCACAAAAAUGGAGAAAUCGGAGAUCAAUUAUUUUCCCUGUUUUCCCAUAUUGGUGUUGCACGAACAAUUGGAAGAACUCCAGUUAUCAACACGGUCAAUAAUGCAGAGCUGAUUGAACAAUUAUCGAAGGUCGUUGUUCUCCGAUUCCCAUCGAUUCUAAACCAGUUUUCAAUAGUUAUCCAGCCGAUAACUCCAGUAAACGGAAACCUUGGAACUGACGAGGUCUCUUAUGAAGAUUCAAUCGAAAGAUUUUCAAAAUAUGCCACGUUGAGCAUAAUGGUGGACGGAAACGGGUUCAAAAGCUACAAAUAUUUUGACAGCAUACGAUCAGAAAUCCGUUUAUGGAUGCUGGGAAAUGCUGAAAAUUUGCAAGAAGCAAAGAAUUUGCUCAGUGAAUCUCUUCGAGAUAACUUUAAAUUAUGCGUUCACACAACUUCAGAAACUCAGAAGAACUUCACAAUCAAAGCUGUUUCUGAAAUGUUGAAUCAUUACACAAAAGAAAACGAUCGGGUGAUGUUGGCGGUUUCAGCGACAGAUCCAGGAUUCAUUCGAAAUAUAUUCCAGGAUAAAAGAAUCAAGAAAUUUGACAUUGAGAAGUUUUCCCUAGUGAGUUCUCCUCCGGAACUUCAAUUGACAUUCUCCAGAAUCUAUUGUGAUGCUGUCUUCAUCACAUUUCCUUACUCGUCAUUCGGAUGGUGGAUGGGUUAUUUGGCAAGAGAAGAGAAGAGUCCCGUGUUUUAUUUUGAUCCAGAUGCCUUCCCAUUACAAAAUACAACAAUUCAGAAUGACAUGUUUCCUCCAAAAUGGAAAAAAGUAUCGAAGAAAAUUGAAUGA